GCAUAGCGCGUUAGCGCUGUCGCUUCUUGAAUUGCACGCCUGUCCGAGCGCGCUGUGGGCGCUUUGACUCCAAGAGCAGGGCUACACCCCUAGUAUUAGUCAGGGCUGAGGAAUGAAGCCUCACACUCUUUGCUUUGGCACCGGUGAUGGAUGAGAUCAUCUACCGCACGGCUCGCGGCAUGGCGGCGGAGGGCGCGCCCUUCCGCGGCACCCUGUUCGCCGGACUCAUGAUCAAGGACGGCAAGGCCAAGCUGCUGGAGCACAACGUGCGCUUCGGCGACCCCGAGUGCCAGGGCCUCAUGGCGCUCUGCGCCUCCGACCUCACGGACGCCAUGCUGGCCGCCACCCGCGGCCGCCUGGGCGACGUGCGUCUGGACUUGCGGCCCGAGGCGGCGCUGACGGUGGUGCUGGCGGCGCGCGGCUACCCGGGCGAGUACCCCAAGGGCUCCGUCAUCCGCGGCCUGGAGGGCGUCACGGGGGCCAAGGUGUUCCACGCCGGCACCGCGCGCAACGCCGCCGGCGAGGUGGUGUCGGCGGGCGGCCGCGUGCUCAACGUGACGGCGCUGGGGGCGGACGUGGCGGAGGCGCAGGCCAAGGCCUACGCGGCCGUGAAGCAGAUCCAGUGGGCGGAUGCCUACUACCGCUCCGACAUCGGCUGGCGCGCCGUGGAGCGGCUGCGGGCCGGGAAGCACUGAGCGGCGGUGUGGUUGGGGGAGGGGGAGGAGCAGCGCGGCGUGUGUGCGGAUGCGUGGGUGUAUGGGUGCGGCUGUGUGGGUGUGCGAUGGGACAGUGUUAAGGCAGGUGGGUGUGUGGGUGCGGGUGCGGGGCUGCGAGCGAUGGGUGUUGGGAUGUGGGGUGAGGCAAGCUACCAUGCGGCCUCAUGGGUUGCGGCUUCGUCAGCACUAAGCGGGGCAUGUACAUGGAAAUAUGACUGCCGUGUGCCUUGUGUAGGCGGGUGUAGAGGGCUGCCUCGCUGACGGUAUCCUGGCUUCCAGUUUGGGGCGGGCAGUCCUCGCUGCCUCAUUAGUCAGUGGUACGGCUGCAAGUGGACAUGAGCUGCCGGGGGUGCAGUGGAGUUGCCGGACCCUAGCGGCAGGCGCGGCUGGUGGGUCGGCUUGUGUGUAUGUGUGUGCGUGUGCAUUGAGGCUCCCUCAGGUCGUGAGCAUGUCAAGUGCGGUGUCGGGUCAUCGGAACUCAGCAGAUGGACACGUAGGGGGGUUACUUACGCGUGCGCGGUGGACCGACAUCAUGAACUCCGGACGCUUGUAUACCGAGGGCUAUUGUUGCUUCCAUGCAAGCCGGUGUGCUACAAAUGCACCGUGGUGGCACCGAAGCUGCCGAGCCAGCUCUUCAGGCUUGGCGUGGUGCCUCCAGUGUCUGGUGGUCGUAGCUGGGGCGUUCAGAGCUGUCGUGGGUAGGUGGUACGGUGGUAGCCGCGCAGCUCUGGCGGCAUCAGCUGCUGCUGCGGCCACCACCCGCUGGGGCACUGCCACUGGCCGUGUGACGUGGUGGCGGCUUGGCCCGUCAGCCCAGGGGGCUAGCCCCGCACCUCUGGCCGCACCCGCCAAAUGGGCUCCACCCUGUUAACGAAGAUGAGUUCGAAAUGCGUACUGGAGAAGGCAAGAGCACGACCUCGUUGAGACUAAGCAGAACGAAAAGCGUGAGCACGAGCCCUCCCUCAUGCCCUCCCGCAUCGUGUCGCCUGGGUCCCUGAGUGGUGCAGCUGGCAUCAAGCCUUCGCCCAGUCGCAUGCCGCAACCGUGCACGGGGCGUCGGGGCGUACACCAGUACACCAGGGUUAGGGGGGCGGAGUCCGCAUCUGGCUCGGAGGCA